AUAAAAUUUGUUUCGUAUCAAAUUAGCUAAUAAUUUUAUUUUAAAGUACCAACAAUUUCCUCAACUCUUGUGUAUAAGACCGAGAACAUUUUAUAAUAUCCUGAAAGCUUUAAGUAUUUUGUUUCGGAUGUGACCGAGUUUGAUAGCGCAGUGAAACCGGAAACGAGAACGUGAGAGGAUGUCUUUGACACUUUAAUUGUUCUUAGGUAUGUAUUCUGAAGAUUUUAGAUGCCGUACACAUUAAUGUAUAACCAACCAAAACUUCCUGUCUAAAUUGACACAAGAUAUUGAGCUGAGUCAACGUAAAGAGUCAAGCUCUACAAAAGUGCAAUUUGUCUUUGGAAGGGCCGCGAGUAAUUCGUACAACUGCGAGCUAGAACAGUCAUUGCCCUAUUGCGAAACAGAUCAUAUAUUGAAGCCUUAAAAAAAAAGCAAGAUAAGUCGUAGUUGAGGAGGCUUCCAUUCACGAUUGAACUCGGGAAGGUUGGAUUGCGAAUGGCAAGCGAAAUCAAGUUUUGGAAUGAGACAGCUCCGAGUCAGGGCAGCGUUCCCGGGGAUUUCAAUAUCGACGAUUUCAUCUUGGAUACAACAAGCUCAGCUAACAUGUUCCCUAGUUAUAGCUCAGGCGGCUCAACACAACCAAGUCAAACGAACACAGGUCAAUCUCACAGCGCGCCAGUGACGUCAGCGCCCGUAUUUAGUUUCCAUAGCAACCCAAUGGCAUCAUCAGAGCCGUCUGUGAUUGUGCAGGCGCUGGACUUGAAGGAGUCGUAUUUAAAAGGCCAGAGUCGGCGAAAGGCGAACUCCCAACAGAGGCUGCUGGACGGGGAGGUACACUUCAUCGCCAAGUUCUCGCAUCCGCUGCAGGCUCUCCAUGUCUACGUCGAGCGGAUACCGGAAGCUGCGCGAAUCCUGCAGGACACAACCGGCCGCGUGCCCCUAGCGGUGAUCUUGGGCGAGACACAAGGACUAAAGGCCAGCUUCUCUGUGGACCUCGAUUCCGUGUACGAGACGUCACGUGGUACGAAGGUCUACGAGCUCUCCCGAGUGAAGGGCGAUGAGAGAAAUGUCUUUCGAUUGGUACUUUCGUUCGUGUUACUCAACGGCGUCGCCAAAGAUUACGUGACGAAAGCAUUCCGUGUGAAAAGCAAAACACAACAUCCUAAAUCCACAGAUUCUGCUGAAGACAUCGUCAACAGCUGCAGCAGUGAUGACUCCUACUCGUACCAGUCUUCCCCGGAGAAUACGCGAAAACGCAAAAGAGAGAAACUCGGUGCAUACUCCCCAAGCAGUAGCAGCAGCGGACUUGGCAGUGACGGCGCCAGCAUCCCUGAGAUCAUUACUGACCACUUAGUGGCCCAGACAGCGAUCAUUGAGGAACUCCGUGUCAAUAGUCCAAUUCUGUCACAGCGUGGAGACAUCGCCUACCACUUUCCCUUAAAGAAGUCUCUGAAAACCGAGAGCGAGGCCCUAGAGGAGGGUGACGUCAUAGGGUUCUUUGAAGACCCGGAUGGUGCCACGUAUAUCCAGCGCCUUACACAUUUCAACGCGAAAAAGGCAAAGUCUGCUGGGGUGAUCAGUAGGUCGGCAUACCUCGAGGCGAAAGCACCGACUGACAGCGAUCAAAAAGAUCUAGACGAGGUAGUCUGCGUCAUCGGUAUGGUAGGGGUCAAGGUCAUGGGACCUGUGGUCAACGGGGAACGAAUCUAUGCAUCCAUGGAAACACCAGGGGUCGCCGUCCCUCAAAGCAGGAUCUGUGACGUUUCCACCCAUGAUGCUUUUCUGCUCGGCCAGAGCCUGGAGACGUACGAGUGCAAGCCAAAUGACGUCACUGCCGUGCAGUGCUUCGUGUCCAUUUUGUUGAGUAUCAGUUCGGGUCACGUGACACAAGCGAUUAGUGACUUACGUCACAACGUGAAAGAGGAUGUCAAAACAGAAGUGAGACAUGUCAAGAAGAGAUGCAUGAUGGGUGCGAGUCGCUGGUUCCUUGGGGCUCUGGUCCUGGCCAUCCUCAUCACCAUCCUGCUGUACCAGCUCUUCGCCCCAGGCACCGCCCUUCGCUAUUACCGCUGCAGCCAGGGGGCGAUUGAGGGCAAGGAGCUGUACUUCACUUUCGAGACAAACGAUAAACAGCUUCCCAGAGUCCAUGGCCGCGGAUUCACGUUCGCUAAUCUCAAGAAAAAGCUGGAUCUCAAUUUCGGAGAAAUCGACAUUGAAGGUGCGCAGUACUACCUGAAUAUUGACCGUUGUGCGCAUGGUGGCAUUAGACCUGUGGCUUCCACUCUAGAUGGGAUGCCUAUGGUACGCGGAGCGGAGAUCGUAGCUGUCAAUCAUAACUGCUCCACAGUGUAUUACCAUAGUGACCGAUGGCAGCCUUAUGACACGGCAAAAGACGUCGCGUGUAUCACGUGACAUUUUUUGUAUCACAUGAAAGACUCCGUUGGCCGCUCAGCUCGCUGGCUCGAGUGUAGUAUAUUGGAUGAUUUUAAGGAUAAAUACAAAAAGCCCAAAUUGUCGUGAUCGUGAACCAGAAGAAUAAAUACAAUGCACCAAAAACUGGUAUUCGACUCUGCCAAAUUUUCUCUGAAGAAGUCUUAUUAAAGACGAAAAUUUUGUAGAGCCGAAUACCAGUUUUUGGUGUAUUGGAUGAUUUUUAGAAUAUACAAAGGUUGAUAACGAAACGCCUAAGCAAAUAAUUAAUAUAAGACUUACUCAUCGUACAUUACAUAUUUGAACAAGAUAAAGGGUUGGAAUACGACUUUACCACGCCUCGCAGAUGCAAAAUUUCGCGAUUUCUGGAUUAAAAAAAACAAAAACAAAACGAAAUACUAGGUCCAACAUGGAUGGCAUAUUCUAACCUGGACUGGACUAAAAGCCGGAUUCCACUGAAAUAAGGAAAUUCAUUAUAAGAAUUUUCUAUAGCUCGGGAGAAUUGCCGGCUGAUUAAAAAAAGUUACUGAUUAAAAAAAGAUACAGCGGGAUAUUUGAGACAAGUUACAGACAAGAUACAGAUACUUGAUACAUAUAUUUGAGAAUUCCUAGUCCAGAUUACAGUACAUAACAUACCAUUAUAGAUUCACUAUCAUGCUGGAAAAGAUGAUGAUUUAAAAAUAAGGUGAAGUUUUAUUAUCAAUCCCUUUUUUGACCUUGCAAGACCUUGUAUUUUAAUUAUUGCUUUAUCACCUUGUGGCCGCCGGACGGCUUUUGAAGCCGGUGGUUCGUUAUAUGUUAUGGUUUUGCGUGUUUCAUUACGAGCAGAACACAAACAUGGUACUCGAUGAACAGAACGCUUCAAAGUGUGUAAAUAGAAGUUAAUUCAAAUACGUUAUUACUGUAUGCAUGGCAAUUAAAAAAGCACGAAAUACCAAGUUCUUUUCUAUAGUUGUGUGAUAUUCUAAGGACUUUUCCAUUGCGAUGAGCGCUACCGUGGCCACCUUAGUUUUAGGAAAUAAGACGACUCAAUGAGACGACUCAAUUCAUCGUUCGGUGGUUAAUCUAUUUGGACUUAUUUUGCGAUUUCCUAUUUACCUGGGACACGUUUUUCUCCCUAAUAAUAAUAGUCUGAACGGUGUCCCCAUGUCAUGGCGGAAGGACGCUCUAGAGAUCGCUCCUCUGAAAACGUAAUUUCAUCUUCUCCAAGUCCAUCCAGGACUCGCUCAUGGUCAGUAUCAGAUCUCAGUAGCAUGGAUUUCGAUCUCCGAUCGAAUAUUUUAAUCGCUUCGAAGAGUUAAUAAAGGCAGUAGACGAUGAAGACAAAGAGCACGUGAUUCUUGGGGAUUUAAAUUGUUGUUUACUCAAGAAGAAAGUCUUUGAUAAUAAAACAAAAAAGUUAAAAUCAAUUUAUGAAGCAUAUCAACUAUCCCAGUUGAUAAACGAGCCUACGCGUAUAACAAUUGAUUCUAAAAGCCUAAUUGAUCACUUUGUCACAUCGUCUCCUGACAAAAUAAACUCAUCAGGCGUAAUUCACAUUGGUCCGAGUGAUCAUAGUUUGAUCUAUGGAAUAAGAAAGAUAAACCCUUAUAGGUGUGCGCGAGAUAAAGCAAAAACCAUUGAAAUACGUAAUUUUAAACAUUUCGAUCAACAAAAGUUUGUAAAGGACCUCCUUACUCAGUCGUGGGAACAGAUUGUUUUGUGUCAUGACACUAAUGAGAUGUGGGCACAUUGGAAAGACCUGUUUCUAAACGUGUUAGACAGGCAUGCCCCUGUACAAUCUAAAA